AUCGAGUAUAUUGUGUCGGAGAGGUUAUUUGAGAGUCUCUCCUCGGAAGAGCAAAAGCUUUGGCACUCUCAUGACUAUGAGAUUCAAACAGGUCUUCUAGUAGCUCCAAGGGUCCCUGAGCUUGUAGCUAAGCCUGAGCUUCAAAAUAUAGCAAAAACUUAUGUAAAUUGGCAGACUGAUCGCUGUUUUUUUGUUUAUAAUUUACGUAAAAACGGAGAUAAAUUGCCACUAGGUGCACCAUCACUCAUGAUGUCACCACAAGACGUGAAUAUGGGGAAGAUCAAGCCAGGACUGUUGAAGAAACGUGACGAUGAAUAUGGAAUGUCGACAGAAUCUUUGAAGAAAAGUCGAGCUGGGAUUGUGGGACUGGAGAGGAAAAAUCCGAUGGCUGAUUAUUGGGUUCAUCACGGAAAAGGAUUAGCGGUUGAUAUAAGAGAGACAUAUAUGAAGAAAUGUGCUCCUUUCCCA